CAUUUUUUUUGUGCAAUCCAGAGGUUCUUCUCUACAAAGGGUGUUGCUGGGGCUUUGAAGAAGGACAAGACAGCUGAAGUGAAUCUAGACGAUGGCAAAGUGCAAAACGGAUUGCAUCGAAAGGCCUCUGGCCCUGGCCUUUGCAGCACUUGGUUGUUUUGUUGGUAGACAUCCAUGCGUGUUUAUUUUAUCAACUCUAUGUGUAGCUGCUGUCCUUGGAGCUGGUUUCAUGUUUCUUAAGGAGAUGAAGGCAAAUGAUAUUGAAGACCAAUUCACGCCUGUCAAUGGACCUGCCAAGAUGGAGAGGGCGAUUGUGGUGGAAAACUUCCCCCAGUCUGAAGAGUUUUCUCAGUUACGGCUUGCGUCUGAAGGCACUUAUGCCUCUUUGAUCAUCACAGACUUGCAUGGAAAAAAUAUCUUAACUGAAGCAGCUUUUAAAGACAUUAUUGAGUUGGACAAACAAGUGAAAAGUAUAGAGAUAGGAAACACUUUUGAGAACCUCUGUGCCAAAACAAAGGGAAGGUGCAUAUCAAAUACAAUUUUAGACAUUUUAAAUUACAAUGCUACUAAAGUAGUUUCCUCAGUUAUAACGUAUCCGAUGAAUAAUGGAAAAUUUUUGGGAGCAAGUAUUGGUGGUGUAGAGCUAAAGCCAAAUGGCUCAGAGAUAACCAGUGCAAAAGCGGUCAGGCUUUUUUAUUUUCUAGAUGAGGAGAAGACAAAUGAAACCUCUGACUGGCUUAAUGGCUUUCUUAAACUCCUCUCAAACUACACAGAACAGAAAAUGGUCCAUGUGUCUUACUUUACAUCAGUAUCAAGACAGAAUGAGUUGGAGACCAAUUCCAAGUCUGUCAUCCCCCUCUUCUCUUUUACGUAUUUCCUGGCCAUUACAAUUUCAGUUCUUUCUUGUUCAAGGUUAGACUGCGUCAGGACAAAGGUGUGGGUGGCCACGUUCGGCGUCCUCUCCGCUGGUUUGGCGGUGUUGGCCAGCUUUGGACUGCUGCUGUUUUGUGGGAUGCCAUUUGCCAUGACUGUGGCCUCAGCCCCCUUUCUGAUUCUUGGUGUUGGUGUCGAUGAUAUGUUCAUUAUGAUCUCCAGCUGGCAGAAGACUGAAGUUGAUAAAGACGUUGAGGUUCGCUUAGCAGAAACGUAUAAGGAGGCCGGCGUGUCCAUCACGAUCACCACUCUGACGGAUGUGCUGGCUUUCUACAUCGGUCUCCUCACUCCGUUCCGCUCGGUUCAGUCUUUCUGCAUGUACACCAGCACAGCUCUUCUGUUCUGCUACAUCUUCAACAUCACCUUCUUUGGCGCGUGUCUUGCACUGAAUGGAAGACGAGAGAAAGGCAACAGACACUGGCUGACCUGCAUGAAAGUCCCAGAAGCCACCGGUGAUGAUAAUGUUUGUUGUGCUGGUGGGGCGUAUGAUAAAGACACACGUAAGGAAUUUGAAAUGCCAGUGGAUUCAUUCUUUAAAAACUAUUACGCCCCUUUCCUGACAAGAGUGUGGGUUAAGAUGCUCGUGUGUCUGAUCUAUGCUGGCUAUUUGGCAGUCAGUAUUUAUGGAUGCUUCCAAAUACAGGAAGGUCUAGAUCUGAAACAUUUAGCGGCAGAUGGCUCAUAUGUUGGUGAUUACUAUGACAAUGAUGAUGAGUUCUUCUCUGAUUUUGGUCCUAAUGUCAUGUUAGUUAUAAAGGAUGAGCAUUUUCAGUACUGGAACCCAACUGCCCGCAAAAGUCUUGACUUGUGUUUGGAAAAUUUUCAAAAUCUGACAAUGGCAGAUUCAGGCAUUCCACCUGUUUCUUGGCUAAAUGCAUACAUGCAGUUUGGACAGCGUGCUGGUUUCAAUUUAGACAAUGAAAUGCAAUUCAAAAAAAUUUUAACUGCAUUUCUUACUCGGUCUGGUUUUAGCCAAGAUGUUAAUUUCACUAACGAUCAAAUUCAUGCAUCACGUGUAUUCAUUCAAACGGUGAACAUCCGCACAGCGAUCGAUGAGAAGAACAUGCUGAAUGCGUUUAGAGAAACCGCAGAAAAAUGUGGGAAGUUGCAGACACCAGUUGAUCUGAUUGUGUACCACCCUGCGUUCAUCUAUUUCGACCAAUAUGCCGUCAUCAUCAGUAAUACAAUCCAAAAUAUAGUAGUUGCUACAUGUGCGAUGUUAGUUAUUUCACUCCUGCUGAUCCCAAACCCUCUUUGCUCUCUCUGGGUGACAUUUUCCAUCGCAUCUGUCAUCGUGGGUGUGGCCGGUUUCAUGGCAUUAUGGGAUGUUAGUUUAGACUCCGUGUCUAUGAUUAAUCUUGUUAUCUGUAUUGGGUUUUCUGUGGACUUCUCUGCUCACAUAUCCUAUGCUUUUGUGUCAAGUGAAAAAUCCUCAGCAAAUGAGAAGGUUGCGGAUGCCAUUAAUAAACUGGGCUAUCCGAUCGUUCAGGGUGCCAUGUCCACCAUCGCAGGUGUGGUGGUGCUCGCGGCUGCCAAAAGCUACAUCUUUAGGACAUUCUUUAAAAUCAUGUUCUUAGUCAUUCUGUUUGGGGCCGUCCAUGGCAUCGUAUUCAUUCCCGUGUUCCUCACCUUCCUUGGCACUUGUAAAAGUCAUGAAAAAAAACAACUAGAUCUAACAGAACACAGUGACGUGAUUGUCUAUACUAACCAUAAGCUUGUGAGUCAGAAUGAAUGUCCUGAUUCUGAAUAUGAACUAAACUUACGUUUCUGAAAUCUGUAAAAUGUAUUAAUCGUUGUUAAUUUCUGUAUAUACUCUUGUGCCACAGGUUAAUUAAUUUAAUUACAACAUAAAUGUAACUAA